AACCUUUGUGAUAUAAUGUCGCUUAUAAUUAAAAAUCGUUUAAAUCAAAGCGUUUUUAGACUUUUAAAAACAUACCUUCCUCAAGCAUCGUACUGCUCCCUGGAAAGGACAUCCCGGUAUUUAAACUCACACGAAGAAGUUCCUGUUAGGGCGCCUACCACAGCGCUGCACAACCAUUGCUACACCGUCCAGCAAGUGCGAUGGAAAUCGAAAAAAUCAAACCGGAAGGAUCGCAGCCAACGGGCGAAAGAUGACGACGAUGAUGAAGACUCCGAUGAGGAUCGGCAGGAUGAUUUCGAAGAACUGGCAAAUGACAAGCACACGAGGCUAAUCAAAAUCAGCCUGCCCUCUAUGAGGGCCGAUUUGGUUGUUAAGGCCGGACUGGGAAUUGCUAGAAACAAAGUGGAUGCGUUGUUUUACGACAGCAACAUUCGCGUCAACGGGCAAAAGCUGCUGAAGAAAAGUACCAUGCUGGAUGCCGGUGACGAGGUUGACGUCGUAAAGGGUGUCAGCCCUACCAAUCCGGAUCAUCUGAUUGUAUCCCGCGUGGAAAUCCUCGAUGUUACGCCCAAAAUCGAAACCAUUUCCGUCGUCAUGCGGCGACACAAGUCGCUGAUCAUUGAAAACUACGAGUCGGACUCGGUCAACACCGGUGAUAAGUAAGCGAAUAGCAUCUUGUUCUUAGUGAGGAUAUACAGUUUAUUGUCGA